AUGACAGUCUCUACCAUAACAAAUAACCCAGUGGACGUUCCGCUGGGCAAAUUCCCGGCGACGCAGCCUGCAGAGCUCUCUGCGGCCGACGCGGACAGGGUGGCCCAGACAGUGAUUGACCAAUUCAACAGUGCCCUAACAAAGCAGGACGACAAGUCCAUCGCAGCUCUUUUCUUCAAGGACGGCUACUGGCGAGACCACCUGUGCCUUGCAUGGGAUCUCUACACCGCAAAGGGCCACGACGGCAUCGCCUCCUUCCUCGACCGUACUCGACCGCGCGCUAUUCACGUCGAGGUCGAUCGAUCGUCCGACUUUCGGAGACCAACAGCCUGUGCUCUGGAUGGGCUUGGGAACUCCUAUGGUAUUCAGUUCUUCACAACCAUCGACCUUGAAUCUGGAAGAGGGCGUGGGAUAGUACGGCUUGCGAAGAACGAUGGAGAGUGGAAGAUCCUGACAUUCUUUACCUCCUUGCUGGAGCUGAAGGGGCAUGAGGAGCCUCUUAAUGGCCGCCGGAGCAAGGGGGUCGAGCACGGAGGGCGUCCGGACCGGAAGAACUGGCAGGAGAGGCGCGAGGCGGAUGCAGAGUUCAUGGAUAGGGAGCCGUCCGUACUGAUUAUCGGUGCUGGCCAAGGAGGACUGACAGCAGCUGCUCGACUAAAGAUGCUGAAUGUCGAUACUCUGGUGAUCGACAAGAACAGCCGGAUCGGCGACAAUUGGCGCCAACGAUACAAGCAACUCGUCUUGCAUGAUCCUGUCUGGUACGACCAUAUGCCCUAUCUGAGCUUCCCGCCGCACUGGCCGGUCUUUACGCCCAAGGAUAAGCUGGCGGAGUGGUUCGAGUCGUACGCCAAAAUCCUCGAGCUCAACGUCUGGACUCGGACGACUCUCAAGACGCCGAGCUGGGAUGGAAAGCAGUGGACUGUUAUCCUCGAGCGACGGGCCCCUGACGGCUCACUCACAUCACGGACUGUACAUCCCCGACAUAUCAUCCAGGCGACGGGCCACUCUGGCGAGAAAUACAUUCCCCCCAUACCCGGCAUCGACAGUUUUAAGGGUGAUCGGAUCUGCCACAGUUCCGACUUUACAGGAGCCCUGCAUGAGCACAGAGGCAAGAAGGCCAUCGUCAUUGGCUCCUGUAAUUCCGGCCAUGAUAUCGCCCAGGACUUUUACGAAAAGGGUUACGAUGUAACGAUGGUUCAGCGAAGCACGACGUGCGUGAUCUCCUCCGAGGCGAUCACAGAUAUUGGACUCAAGGGCCUGUAUGAUGAGCAGGCACCGCCCACUGAAGAUGCCGACCUGUGGUUCUGGGGGAUGCCGGCCGAGCUGCUCAAGACACAGCAAAUUGGCGUUACGGCAAUCCAGAAUAAGCACGACGAGGCCACGAUCAAAGGUCUUGAAGAGGCAGGAUUCAAGGUGGACAAUGGACCCAACGGCGCAGGGCUGCUGAUCAAGUAUUUCCAGCGCGGAGGUGGCUACUAUAUUGACGUCGGGGCUAGUCAACUCAUCGUCGACGGCCAUAUCAAGAUCAAGCAAGGAGUUGAGAUCAGUGAGAUCCAGUCCCACGGCCUCAAGUUUGCUGAUGGGACAGAACUGGAGGCGGACGAGAUCGUCCUAGCUACAGGCUACCAGAACAUGCGAACGCAGACAAGGCGCCUGUUCGGUGACGAAACGGCCGACGCUGUCGGGGAUGUAUGGGGCUUUGACGAGCACGGUGAGAUGCGAGGCAUUUGGAGGCCGUCGGGACAUAAAGGACUGUGGUUUAUGGGUGGCAAUCUGGCCAUCUCGAGAUAUUACUCCAGGAUUCUGGCUCUGCAGAUAAAAGCUGCUGAGCUCCGGCUCUCGUAGAUCGUCUAUAGAAUUAGCCACUGGAAUUUCGCUCUCAUAUAUUCUUAAUAGAAACGGUUUGCUAA